AUGUCAAACCCAAGUUUUCAUAGAUUGUUCUCUCCUUCGUUCCAACUCCACCCGGCAUGGACUGUGCUGGGCUUGAUCUUGAUGGCCGAGUCUAUCCACGCGUCGUGUUUUUUGAACUAUAUCAGACAGCACAUGGAGACCAUCGCAGUUCGCAGGCCGCUGCACUUUCGCCGAGUCGAUCCACUGGCUGUUCUUUUCUCGGUUAGCCGGCGUGGGUUUCCGCGCGCGGAUCAAUCUGGCACCGACGGGAUCUUAAGCGUCCUGUUCUCAUCCCUGCGUUGUCUGAUCCAGGCGGUCAGGACGCAGGAAGGGAUGGCCCUGUUGAAGGCGUACCUUGACCGAGAGGUGGCUGACAAAGUUGCCUUGUUUCUGCAGCAAGAUGUGGCCAUCACCUAA